UCCACCAUGGAAGAAUCUUCAGGACAGAGGACUCUGCACUUUUCUGGAGCAGAAAAGAAAGAGAAAAACUUCAAGAAAGAGAAAAACAUUGGGGAGAUACCUGUUUAUGGCUGCUGUAUCACAGAAGUGAUAACAGGAACUAAUGGAAUAAAACACUUUGCCACAUGCUGUUUCAGGAAAAUAAUCAAUUUCAGAGUAGUAAUAUAUCACACCACCCCAAAUGUUUUCUGAUAACAGCAUGCCCUGUCAUCGUUUAUUCUUUACCUAAUAACAAAGUAACAUGUUAUUUUGCUGAACAAAGUUAAUGCUGAAGUGGAUGGUUUGUCAAAGGCAACAAAUGAAAUAAAUGUUAAUUAGUUGCCUUCAUCUUUGUAAAGCAAUAGCAAUAACUGUCCAUGCUAUCUGAAGUCUUUGCAGGCAGAUAUACUUAAAUCUGUGAUAUUGGGUGUACAGUAAUAACAGUACUGCUACUCUUCCCCCUUUGUAGCAGAUCAUCAGUAAACCCUCACAUGCUUUAAGCUUCCCUGUGUUAUAUUCCAUUUCUUAUAUUCCUCCAUGCAUAGUGAUCUGAUUAGUUUAUUUAUCAUUGCAGAGGAAUUGGAGCACUGGAUUUGGAGCACUGAUGUGAAUCUCAGCAAUGGCAGUGCUCAGAGUUAGCACGCGCUGUGCUGUGUGUUACACACUCUGGGAGUGUUAGCGGCUCUGUGGGAAGCACCAGAAGUGAACACUGGGCGACCCGGAAGCGCUGCAGCGUGGAGGCGCACAGAAAGAACACCGAGGUCUUUUAGCUUUUAUUAAGCUUCUCCUGCGAGGGAAACCGCAGUCCGAGCACAAGGCAUGGCAGAGCCUCGAUUCAAUAACCCUUAUUUCUGGCCACCACCUCCCUCUAUGCCUGCUCAGUUUGAGCAUAACCAAUGAUUCUUACAGCUGGAUAACCUGGUACUAAUCGACAAGAUCAAAGAGCAGCUGAUGGCAGAAAAGAUCAGACCUGCGCAUUUGCCACCCACCACUGUUCCCUCUCAGCAGACGCUGCUGGUGGCCUCACCGCCCUCCGACGCCGCGCAGCACAUGAUGCCAAUCCCCAAACUGCAGCAAGUGCCGAGCCUGCAGGUGCACAACUCCACCCAACCUGACAUCGCCCUGCACGCCCGCCCAGCCUCCAGUACUGUUCCAGAGGUUACCAUGGAUGACAAGUCAGCUCUGAAGGCUAAAGGAUUAUGGGAAGAUUGGCACAUGCGCCAAGCUGUGGAUCAGGCUGUUAGAGCAAACCAUCGUUCAGGUCUGGCACCUACUUCUCGUGCAGACAGUCACAGCACUUCACAGGCCAUGACAUCCACCACCACGUCCAGCAGUCAGAGCCGACUAGGAGCAGCAUCCUCUCUGAAUGUCAUCUCAGGCCUGGCCAGUGCCCCUGGCAUGGAUCAGGUGAAGAACGUGGGCUUGGCGGGUAUGCUGGGGCCUCAGCCCAAACCCCUACGUGGACGCAAGAAGAUCAAAGCAGAGAACAACACAGGCCCCCUGCUGGUUGUGCCCUACCCCAUUCUGGCAUCGGGCCCUGACCAGUCAGUCACCAUCGCCAAAGAGGGGAAAACUUACAGGUGUAAAGUAUGUCCACUCACCUUCUUCAACAAGUCUGAGAUGCAGAUCCAUUCCAAGUCCCACACGGAGGCCAAACCACAUAAGUGUCCUCACUGUUCCAAGUCUUUUGCCAAUGCUUCGUAUCUAGCGCAGCACCUGCGGAUUCAUUUAGGGAUCAAACCUUACCACUGUUCCUACUGCGAGAACUCUUUCCGCCAGCUCUCUCACCUGCAACAGCAUACCAGGAUUCAUACUGGGGACAGACCUUAUAAAUGUGGCCAUCCCGGAUGUGAAAAAGCGUUCACACAGCUGUCGAAUUUACAGUCCCAUCAGAGGCAACACAACAAAGACAAGCCGUACAAGUGCCCGAACUGCUACCGUGCCUACACAGACUCAGCCUCUCUACAGAUCCACCUGUCAGCCCAUGCCGUGAAAAACGCUAAAGCCUACUGCUGCAGUAUGUGUGGCCGUGCAUACACAUCAGAGACCUACCUUAUGAAGCACAUGUCCAAACACACAGUGGUGGAGCAUCUGGUUAGCCACCACUCUCCACAGAGAACAGAAUCUCCCAGUAUCCCCAUACGCGUCUCUCUCAUCUGAGCUUUGCUUUGCUCUUCUCUUUACCUCCUCAUCUUAUUCUGUGUGCCAGACUGCUCUUCUGUUUAGAAAAAAAAAGAAGACAGAAAGGAAUAGACAGUACUGCAGUCCUGAAAAGGACACUGUGUCUGCCAUACUCUUUGCUUUAUUUAGCUGUUUAGUGAAAAUUAGUAUAGCGGCUCGACUGGCUGCCAUCUCAACACCAGGUGUCUGCUGCUGAUUCGCCUCGGACACCAGUCUAACUGACAUGCAUUCCAAAAACAGAACAACAGAGCAUUUUUCAUUAGUUUGUUCUCAUAUUAUGUUACUGAGGGUGUAUUAGGAGGCAUCCAAAGAUAAGCUUUAAGCACUUUCCAGUCUUUGGGGUUCAGCUUAAAUGUUUGAAUUUUCAGACAGGACGUAAGGCCUUGUUUUGGGGCUAACAGUCUUUUAGUGUCAUGGCUGUUUUGUUGGUCAGUUUCUGUCUCUUUUUGCAUAAGGCACCAUCAGGUUUUACAGGGUUGUGUGUUUAGUGUUAGUGUGGAUAUGAUAAUGCCUCCACUUUAUACUCUUUUAACCAUCGAUAAACAGAUAUCAGAUGUUGGGAUAAAAACAAGAAGUAACAUAUUAAUCAUUUUUUUGAUAAAAUAGUGUGAUGUGUGUGAACUUGGCAAGGAUGAUUUGACCUAGAAAUGGGAUUAAUGUGUGAGAGCACGAUGUCAGUGUGUUCAGAGAACACCAGUGCCGCACUUGGUGAUCAGUUUUUAGCUUGCUUUAUUACAUACACACUUUACAUAACCAUUUUACCCACACUUCAUAAACUAAAUUGUAGUAGGUGUGCACCAAGGUUAUGUGGUAAGAGUUCCUUUUAUUUUUAUACUCUCUUAAAGGCAUUUUUCUAUGGAGGCUCUAUAGAAAAUGUGCAAAGAGCAUCAGUAUGACCAGAUGCUCUCUAAAAUAAUCUCUUAUAUGAAUUACAUCACAGAUGUACCAUGUAUCCUUUUUUUUGUUGUGCAAUGUCAUGGAAAUCAGUUAGAUUUCCUGUCUUGUCCUUUAGGCCAAUUCUAAUGUUGUGAGGAAAAUCUAUCAUUUUUAGCACUUCAUCAUACGACAUUACACUGUCCAUUAAAUGGGUUGAUGUACUGACAUGGUGCGGUGCAAGUCAGGGGUGUAUACUCAUGACCUCUGCCAAGCCUUUUCUUCAUCCCUGUAAAAAUGAGUAAUGUAGAAGCACCUUGACAAAUGAUUGAGAAGCUGCAACAAGUCAUGGGUCUUUUAAAUGAUGGUCAUCAUUGGGGAUUUCAGGACAACAAAGCAGCAGCCCAGCGCUGAACUUUCUAGUACUGAUCACUAAACUUUAUUAAAAAAAUGCCAGUGAUGCAAAGAUCCAACUGUAAAAGCUUAAUUUUGUCUAGUUUCAAAAGAUCAGCUAUUGUGGCUCAUAGUGAGGGUGUAUUGUAAUGUGCUCAGAAAAAAAAAUUAAGUAAUUUAGCUGUCAAUGUACUCUAAAUCAGCAAGAGUAAAGAAAAAAAUGCUUCUUUAAAAAGUAGCAACAGUAUUAAAAGGGAGUCGCAGAAACAAUAUGAAGUAUGCAUAAGAAUGUAGUUGUAAAUUUAAAAAGUCUUUGCCAAACAUUGCAUUCCGUUAGAUCAUUUUGGUUGAGAUAUGCAAGUGUUUAUUUAUCCUGUACCAGCUAGUAAAAACUCUGGGCAAACAUUACUGCCUACAAUAUAGACUAUUAGGUGUAUAUGAUUACAAUUAAAUCUGCUGUAAAAGAGAUUACAUUUACAUACAACAUAUACCCACAAUCCUAGUAUGACCAGUGUAUUUCUCAAUUUUAUUUAUGAACAUAGCACAGUUUCCCUGAAUAUUAAAUAAAUGAAAUAGACAUUUGCUUUACAGCUAGCUUUAUAGAGGAGAGGUAAGUUAAAGCUCAUCCUGGCUUUAAUUAAGUAUAAAUACUGUCUGAUUAGUUUAAAGUACAAAUGUUUAGUAUUCAGUAUUACUUUUUCCAAGAAACUCCCCGGAACGUGGCCCAGACAGGUCAAUUGCAAAUGAAGGUGAUUUUAAAAAAUAAUAAUAAUUGUGAAGUACAUCAAUUUGUUUGUAUACAUCCUAAAUUAAUGAGUCAGUUCAGUAAAAUAAAAUGACCAAUACAUUUUUAGUGUCACAUUGUUAGUUCCGUAAAGUAAAGUUGUAAUAUUCGGACUUCUCAAAGUCUUCUCAAAGUGAUUUGCCUUGUCAAACACUGCAGUGAUUUCACUCACAGGCAUUUUGUUUUUUUAAUCAUCAGUCAUAAUAUACCAGUCAUUUGUUAAGCUCAUACUGUUUAAUUCGAGAACAUUAAAGCAACUGCCAGAAAGUUUUUAUCAGUGUGUUAAUGUUUAAUGUUCUCAUUUCGUUCUUUAUUAUUGGUGUUAUUGUUUUUGUUACUGUUUCAAAUGUGUAUAGGUUUCACAAGUUGUUGCUUCCAAUGUUCCAAUAGGCCAAAAUUACACUGGUCUAAAUAAGAAUUUGUUCAGUUUACUGAUUCAGCAAAUUGUCAAUUAAAAAAAAAAACUUGUAAGUAGCCCAAAUGUUGCUUUCUGAUUUCUCUGAGGUUGCAUUAAGUAAAGUUGAAAAACUCAGCAGAGGAGUAAUGUUGUGUUAUGUAUGUUAUCUCUGUAAUUCUAAUAGAGAGAGCAAAGGGUAUACAACUUUUCCUCUUAUGAAGAGGCUCAAGUGUUGGUUUGAUCCCAUGUCAUUGUGUCUGUAGCCUAAAAAGAAUGUUCUCAUUGUGUGUAAAACCUCAAUAGAAAGCUGUACAAUGGAACUCAAGCAUGUUUACAUAUCAAAGCCCCAGUCAGUAUGUUCUGGCCAUUUUGGUUUUCUCAUUUCUCAUAGCAGACUGGCAGAAACUGAUUGCGAUGUUAAUUUUUUUUUGCACACUAGUCCUCUUUUAUUUAGCUCUGAAACAAUACAUCCUAACUGGGGCUUUAACAGACUCCAGAUUACUUUAGCCAGUUGUCCAUUUGCCGGAAUCUCUUUAUAUCAAUGAGAUGUGUACAUUUAUUAUAAAGUAUACCAUGUAUUCAUCAUUAAUAGUGCAAAUUACAAGCUUUAGCUAGUGUACUUUGUUUUUUUAUCUGUAUUUCCAGUUAUUGAUGAUUAUCUCUGUAAGUACUGAUUGUUUUUAAUAUCCAUUCUUUUUAUCAUUUAUUUGUACCUUGAAUAUUCACCUUGAUGGUUGUAUUUCUUCCCCCCCCACCCCCCAUGUUGACGUUUUCAGUAUUCAGUCUGUUAAGCCUUUUUUAUGUUUCCGCAUGGACUUCUCUGACAGUAAUUGUUAUUAACUGUUAACAAAUAUAUGACAUUGUUAUAUAUGUCUGGAAAUUAUUACAUUUCAUUUGUCUUGCAUUGUGGUCUCCAAGAUUUAAUUCAAUAUGCACAGACAAUACAGCGAGAUUUAAUUUAGGAAAUAUCAAUGUCAAGAACACUUUGUAUCUAUCUUGUUUAAUAAACUCAGACUGUUAUA